GAAGUCCAUUCUGAUGCAGCAACCAGGUCAGAACUCGUUCUGAGUUUUGCUUCGUGUAAGAAUCCGAGGAAGGUGAAGAUCGUUGUCCAGCACAAGAAGGCAGUCACUUCCUCACUUUCCAAGCACCCUUCUCCAGUGGACACAAUGGACGCUCAUGGGUCAGAUCUACCAAGUAUUCACCAGCGUCCGUACUUCGACGGCAUCGUUGAGCUGCCGGUGCUGCCAUCGCAUCUGGCCCGGGAGUCAUUAGCAGCGAUGCCAUCUUCUACAUGCUGGACCCAGCCACCUCGGCCGUCUCCAACCCCCGAUUCCGCUCCAAUCUCUACUGAAUGGGCUCAAACAACUCCAGUAUCUACAACUACAGCUAACCCGUCGACUACCGUGAACGGAAAACGCAAAGCAGGCGCCAAAUCCAGCGCUGGGCAACAAGGAAAAAAGAAGAAAUCCUCCAAAAAGGAAACAACGCCAUCCAAGCGCUUCGUCUGGACGAACAAGAUGAUCGAAGCGCUCCUCGACAUGCGCUUCAAAGACGAUGACGUUAGGCUUCGUGUCGAAAAGGCCGACACUAACCGAAAGAAAGCUCUCGCAUGGCAAUUUUUUGCCAAUCGAUUAUCGGAGAAACUGGAGGUGGUGCUCACAAGUGAUCAGGUUGCGAACAAGUACAAAAAACUCAAGUGCGAGUACAGACAAGGAAAAGAGGCUAGAACGGACACUGGCAACGAUGGAAAUGAAGAUGAGAGUGAGCUCUGGGGUAUUCUGAACAGCGCUUUCGCUGGUCGUACUGGAAUUGGUGGAGCCACUCUGGCGGAUGCAGAUAACGAUUCUGACUGUGUUGAAGAAGAGAAGUCUUUCUCAUCCUCGAACAGCCGCCAAAAAGCGGCUACACCCAUUGCAAGUCUGGCUGCUGCCAUGAAAGACGGCAUGACAGCUAUCGCCGCAUCGAUGGGGACUGAUGAUAAGCUCGUUGAGGUGCUCCAUGAUCUCCGGGCCGCUCAAGAAGCCGCCCGCGAUUUACAGGCGCGCCAGUUGACACUGCUUGAACAUCUUGUCUCCAAGAUGGCCCCACCAAAUUAA